AUGAGCGAAUCCAAGGUCAGCGUUGCGCCCAGCGAGCGCACCGUCAUCGGUAUCACCUUUGGCAACUCCAACAGCUCCAUCGCCUGCACUGUCGACGAUAAGGCUGAGGUUAUCGCCAACGAGGAUGGCGACCGCCAGAUCCCCACCAUCCUGUCCUACGCCGACGGCGACGAGUACUACGGCCAGCAGGCCAAGGCCUUCCUCAUCAGGAACCCCAAGAACACCGUCGCCUACUUCAAGGACUUCCUCGGCAAGGACUUCGCCGCCGUCGACCCUACCCACAACCACGCCUCUGCCCACCCCGAGGAUGUCGAGGGCACCGUCUCCUUCACUGUCCAGGAGAAGGAGGAGGGUGAGGCUUCCAAGCUCUCCGUCUCCGAGGUCACCACCCGCUACCUUCGCCGCCUGAUCGAGGCUGCCUCCGAGUACCUUGGCAAGAAGGUCACCUCCGCCGUCAUGACCGUCCCCACCAACUUCGGCGACAAGCAGAAGGUCGCCCUCCUCGCUGCCGCCGCCGCCGCCAACCUCGAGGUUCUCCAGCUCAUCAACGAGCCCGUUGCCGCUGCUCUCGCCUACGAUGCCCGCGCCGAGGCCGAGGUCCAGGACAAGAUCGUUGUCGUCGCCGACCUUGGUGGCACCCGCUCCGAUGUUACCGUUGUCGCCAGCCGCAGCGGCAUGUACACCAUCCUCGCCACCGUCCACGACUACGAUUUCCACGGCGCUGCCCUCGACAAGGUCCUCAUUGACCACUUUGCCAAGGAGUUCAUGAAGAAGCACCAGGUCGACCCCCGCGAGAACGCCCGCUCCCUCGCCAAGCUCAAGGCCGAGGCCGAGGGCACCAAGAAGGCCCUCAGCUUGAGUGCCAACGCCAGCUUCAGCAUCGAGUCCCUCGCCAACGGCAUCGACUUCACCAGCUCCAUCAACCGCCUCCGCUACGAGACCAUUGCCCGCUCCACCUUCGAGGGCUUCACCCGCCUUGUCGACUCCGCCGUCAAGAAGGCCGGUCUCGAUGCUCUCGACAUCGACGAGGUCAUCCUUUCCGGCGGUACCUCCCACACUCCCCGCAUCGCCGUCAACCUCGGCUAUCUCUUCCCCCAGACCACCAAGAUCCUCGCUCCCUCCACCACCCCCGCCGCCAUCAACCCCUCCGAGCUCAACGCCCGCGGUGCCGCUCUCCAGGCCAGCUUGAUCCAGGAGUACGAGGCCGAGGACAUCGACCAGUCCACCCACGCUGCCGUCACCACCGUCCCCCACGUCAACAACGCCAUCGGUGUCAUCUCCCUCAACGAAGCCGGUGAGGAGGUCUUCGUCCCCGUCGUCGCCCCCGAGACCGCCGUCCCCGCCAGGAGGACAGUCCACGUUGCCGCCCCCAAGGACGGCGGCGAUGUUCUCGUCAAGAUUGUCGAGGGCAACACCCACAUCAAGGUCACCAAGCCCGAGCCCAAGGUCAAGGACGAGUCCAAGAGCGCCAAGGUCGAGGAUGCUGAUGAGGAUGGCGAGGACUCCGACUUCUCCGAUGAUGAGGACGAGGAGGAGGAGGAGAAGCGCGAGAAGGUAUGGAAGAUCGGCUCCACCCUCGCCGAGGCCGCCAUCCGCGGUGUCAAGAAGGGCGGCAAGGUCGAGGUCACCAUCCUCGUUGAUGCUAACCUUUCCGUCACCGUAACGACGAGGGAGGUUGGCGCCAAGACUGGUGUCCGUGGUACUUUGAGCGCUUAA